UCCAUAUCAUGUGAUUCAGGUGUUCCAAUCCCCUCCAUAUCAUGUGAUUCAGGUGUUCCAAUCCCCUCCAUAUCAUGUGAUUCAGGUGUUCCAAUCCCCUCCAUAUCAUGUGAUUCAGGUGUUCCAAUCCCCUCCAUAUCAUGUGAUUCAGGUGUUCCAAUCCCCUCCAAUCAUGUGAUUCAGGUGUUCCAAUCCCCUCCCAUAUCAUGUGAUUCAGGUGUCCCAAUCCCCUCCAUAUCAUGUGAUUCAGGUGUUCCAAUCCCCUCCAUAUCAUGUGAUUCAGGUGUUCCAAUCCCCUCAUAUCAUGUGAUUCAGGUGUUCCAAUCCCCUCCAUAUCAUGUGAUUCAGGUGUUCCAAUCCCCUCCAUAUCAUGUGAUUCAGGUGUUCCAAUCC